CAGCUUUACAAGAAUUUUACCAAGAACAAAAUGAACUACGUGAAAUAGAUAUCCAGGAAGAUUGGCAAUUGUCACAGUUCUGGUAUGAUGAUCAAACGGCAGGAGCGCUUGCGAGCGAAGUUCUUGACGCUGCUGGCGUGAAUGGCAAAAUUGCUUGCUUGUGUACUCCGACACUCUUCAAAAAGUUGCGAAGCCUCCCAGAUUCCAAAACAACCAGUUGUACUGUCAAGUUGUUUGAAUUUGAUGAACGUUUUUCGACGUACGGUGAUGACUACAUAUUUUAUGACUACAACAAGCCAUUGGAAAUUGCUGCCGAUUUCGAAAGUGCAUUUGAUAUUGUUGUGGCAGACCCGCCGUUUUUAUCAGAAGCUUGUCAACAGAAAACAGCUGAGACAGUCAAGUUUAUUUGUAAAAAGAAAAUUAUAAUGUGCACAGGAGCUGUGAUGAAGGGUGUUUGCGGUAAUCUCCUAGGAUUGAAUGAGUGCCAUUUCAAGCCAAGACACACCAAUAACUUAGCAAAUGAAUUUAUAUGUAUGACCAACUAUACCACAAAAUAUCUCAACUCAAGCAGUUGAUGGUAGUUGUAAACUAAGAUAACCUGUUAUUAAAUUAAUUAAGGAUAUAUGUGGCACAGGCAAGCCAAAUCAUUGUUUUGUGAUUGUUGUGUCCGUAGUACAUGUUGUGUUUUGCUCUUGUUAAUUGUCUCGACAAUACCGUUGUAAGGCUGAUUUUUCAAAUAUUGUUCUUUAAACAGCUGUGUGUUUAAACACUUUUAACUUUCUAAUGAAACCAUUUUAUAGCGCUCAUUUUAGUGUUUAACCCUUUAUAAAGAACGAUUUUUGCAAAGGGUGACUGAUUUGGCUUUGUCAUUGCAACAUAUUUUGUCUGUGUUGAGCUAAUAGGCCUUGAGUACUGUAUACUUACAUGUAGUCCGAGCCAUUUUCCUGUCUCGAGUGAUGAUGGCCUUCCAGUGAGUCCUGUUCUUCAUCAUUGUUGGUAGGUCAGUUGCCUCCAGUCCAGUGUCCUUGCACAACACAUUAAUAUAGUUCAGGGUCUGAACUUAUCACAGUAGCGCCUUCGACACUGGUUCAUUCGAACUCCUAUGACGGUGGCCAGCAAAACUCUUGCGUCUCAUUCUGAUCUACUGUAUUUUGUAAUUGAUUUUAAAGCUUUUAGGGCAUGGCUGUUGGAAAAUGUAACUGAAGGAGCCAAUAUUUCCUUUUGAAAAAAAAGAGAAGCCCCACAGGGCUGAAUCCAUUUUUGAAGUACACAAAAUUUUAGCGAUCUCAUUAUAUAAAACCGGCUUGGCUGGCCUAAAGAAUACUCAGAAAUCAAAUACGCAUGUAUGCCAUAUUAUGUUUGACGUCUGGCCACUCUUUAUCGGGUUUAUUUUGAAACAGUGCUGCCAACGUCUUGCAAUUCACUGGGGGACUUUCAGCAACCUGUCCUAGCCUGGGCAGCUAGCUAGUGUCCAGUAGAGCGCCGCGCACACACUGGUAACUACGUAGCGUGAAGUGCGUAGGCCUCUGGAAGUCCACCAGUGUUAGUUGUCAGGUUAUCAGAAUUUUCAUUUCAAAUUUUUACGAAAAUGGUGUAUAGGCACUGACUCUUCCAGUUGGCUUAUUGCUGUUUUAAGCUGUUUCACCGUGUAAAUAGCUAAAUUUGCAGAUGACUCUGUUAGCUUUCCCGAAUGAGAACUACAAACUGUAGGCCAAAUGUACACAAUUGGCUCAUGUGCACAUCUUUCAAGAUGAGUAGGGGGUUACCCCGGUGUACUGGCCCAUACAGCCCCUGCAUGAACUCCUCCAGAUGAUGAGUAACUGAAAAAAAAUCUUUUUAAUUAAUAUAAUCUUCAUGUUUGGAGAGCCUCUCCAUAAGCUUUGACUUUUUAGGCUAUCCGCCAGGCAUGUGCUUGGCUUGGUGAAUUGUGUUUUUAGGUAUUUUCUUUUUACGUGUUUGUAUUCAUUUUGUUUAAAUUUUUUGGUAACUUGUAUGCCUGAGAAAUAAUAAAAUAAAUAAAUA